CUCAGUUCAAAGGGGCCAAAUCUCCUUGUCUUAUCUGUCCCUUCAAACUUCUGAUCUUCUCUGUUAACCGCUUUAAGCCAACGCCAUCAUGUCAUUCUCCCAAGUCUCCAUCAAGAAGCAGCACACUGUUAGCAGCAGUGGUGGUGGUGGUGGUGGAAUGGGGGGUUUUAGUGCGUGUUCACUUGGAGGAAUGGCAAGAGGAUCUCGAGCUGGAGGCAGCUUUGGGUCACGCAGUCUUUAUAGCCUUGGUGGAAAAUUAAGAACUUCCAUAAGUGCAGCCAGUGCUCGAAGUGUGGCAGGUGGAGGAUAUGGUGGUGGCUUUGGAGGAGGACACGGUGGUGGCUUUGGAGGAGGACAAGGUGGUGGCUUUGGAGGAGGACAAGCUGGUGGAAUGUUUGGUGGUGCAGGGGGCAUGGGUGGCAUGGGAGGUAUGGGUGGUAUGGGAGGCAUGGGUGGUAUGGGAGGCAUGGGAGGCCCAGGAUUUGAUGGAGGGGAUAUGGGAUUCCCUGUUUGCCCACCUGGUGGAAUCCAGAAUGUUACCAUCAAUACGCAACUUCUGCGACCACUUGAUCUGACUAUAGAUCCAGCAAUCCAGAAAGUAAAAGCAGAGGAAAGAGAACAAAUUAAAACUCUCAACAACAAGUUUGCUACUUUCAUUGACAAGGUCAGAUUUCUGGAACAGCAAAACAAGGUCCUGGAAACAAAAUGGAAACUAUUACAGGAACAGGGCACUAAGGGCAGCACCAAAAGGGCAAACCUAGAACCCCUGUUUGAGAAAUACAUUUCUGACCUGAAGAGAUAUUUAGAUAACUUAAUAAACGAAAAGAGCCGUUUGCAGCAUGAACUGAAGAAUCUGCAAGAUGUUUUAGAGGAAUACAGGAAAAAAUAUGAAGAUGAAAUUAACAAGCGUACAAAAGCAGAAAAUGAAUUUGUGGUCCUUAAAAGGGAUGUCGAUGCUGCCUACACGGCCAAAACAGAAAUUGAGGCCAAGGUGGACACACUGACAAGUUAUAUCAACUUCUUAAGAGCUCUUUAUGCUGCGGAACUGUCACAGGUACACGAUCAAGUCACCGACACCUCAGUUGUUCUGACUAUGGAUAACAACCGUGACUUGAACUUGGAUAGUAUUAUUCAAGAAGUGAGAUGUCAGUAUGAGCAAAUUGCACAAAGAAGCAGAUUGGAAGCUGAAGCUUUAUAUGAUCAGAAGUACAAGCAGCUACAGCAAACAGUUGAAGGACAUGGUGACAGCAUAAAGAAUUCCAAGACUGAAAUAUCAGAUCUGAACCGUAAGAUUCAGAGGCUGAAGGCUGAAAUUGAAAAUGUCAAGAAGCAGAUUGCAGCUCUGAAUCAAUCCAUUGCUGGAGCUGAAGAACGUGGGAACCUUGCUCUCAAGGAUGCUGAAAAGAAACUUAAGGAUCUUGAAGCUGCUGAAAAGAAACUUAAAGAGGACAUGGCUCGUCAACUUAAAGAAUACCAAGAACUUCUGUCCGCUAAGCUUGCUCUGGACAUGGAAAUUAGCACUUACAGAUACAUGCUGGAAGGAGAAGAGGGCAGAAUGUCUGGACAGAUUUCCAACAAUGUCAGCAUAUCUGUAAUUAGCGGAGGCACAGGUGUAUACAGUGCUCUUGGCGGUGCAGCAGGUGGAAUGGGAAUUGGAGGCGGCAUGGGAGGAGGAAUGGGAAUUGGAGGCGGCAUGGGAUCGGGCCAUGGUGGUGGAUUUGGCCAUGAAGCAUGCUUUGGAGCUGGAGGAAUCGGAUAUGAAGGUGGUUCAAUGCACGGAGGAUUCAGCUCAUACAGCCAUGGCCAUGGUGGUGGAUUUGGCCAUGAAACAUGCUUUGGAGCUGAAGGAAUGGGAUAUGAAGGUGGAUCCAUGCACGGUGGAAGCGGCUCAUACAGCCAUUCUGGAGGAAAAACCUCAACAACAUCCACAACCAAAAGAAGCUACUAAUUUAGUACAUCGGUAGCCAAAUGUUAAAGCCACAGAUCACUUAACCUUUGCCUAACUAAUGGAUGCUUGAAUAGCAUACAAUGAUUGUCAUCCUACACCUAUAUCUGUUUAAUUCCCAUUGUAGUAAUCUGAAAAGAUUGGCCUCCAAAACACAGUACUUUCUUGUAAUACAGUCAUAUCAUAUCUUUGCAUUUUCUGUCAUUGUCACUCCUGAAAAGAAGAUAAUGAGUCCUGUCAAAUAUAGAUGGAAAGAAGUGAAUUUUUUAAAAGAUAUGAAGAAUUAUCUUAGCUAUCUGAAAUCUCAGGAAUUGAUAAGGAGGUAACUGUGUUCACAUGUCUCCUAGCAACAAGUUAAGAAGAGAUGAGAUGGGUCAUGAUUGCAUAUAGUUCUUAUAAUUCCUGCUACACUUUUAUCUACUGUAAGAGGAAAGUGGAUCCUGGGUGUUUGUACACAGUGUCCUCUUUUCAUUGCUGCUUUUUCCUGAACAUUUACAAACUUCUUUACUUUUCUUUGUUUCUUCAAUAAAUUGCAUUUGGAUUUCAAA